UUCACCCCACUACUCACUUUUUAUUUUCUUCACAUAUUUCACUUGUUAUAUAAACAAAUCCAAAGGUGAUUAAAAAAAUGUACACCAAGCAUUUCUUUAGAGAAUAGUGAGUGAGUUGAUGGGGUGUGGUGGUGAAGAUGGUGUUGGUGGAGGAGGAAGUUGUUUGAAUGUGGAUGUGAAGAAGAAGAAAGCAUGUCACACAGGCGGUGGAUCGUCUAGUGUAACGCGGUGCUGCCAGGCGGAGAAAUGUACGAGUGAUUUAGCCGAGGCCAAGCCGUAUCAUCGAAGGCACAAGGUGUGUGAGUAUCAUGCAAAGGCUCAAGCAGUUGUUGUUGCCGGUAUGCACCAAAGAUUUUGUCAGCAAUGUAGCCGGUUUCACGAGCUAUCGGAAUUUGAUGAAGCGAAAAGAAGUUGUAGGAGGCGUUUAGCGGGGCACAAUGAAAGGCGAAGGAAGAACAACUCACUGGAGUUCAAGAAGGAACUUGUUUGUGUGCACAGCCAAAGGUUUAUCCAAGAGAAUCCAACUUAAACUAGAUGGAAAACCUAAAUAAAGGAAUCUAUGCUCCCUCUCUUCUGUCACUUCCUAUCCUAGUACUUCAAAACUCUUGUAGUUCUAAUAAUGUUGUUGUGUUUGGUAAUGAAGGUAAUCUAUAAUUAUUCUUGUUUGAC